AUGCGGCUGAAUCGAAAGCUCGACCAACAACUAGACAACGAGAAGAGUGACCUAGAACACGCAUCCGCUCAACCAGACCAAAUCCCCGAUGGAGGCCUCAUAGCGUGGGUGCAAGUUGCUCUGAUGCACAUCGUAUUUUUCAAUACCUGGGGCGUCGCCAAUGGCUACGGCAUCUUCCAGCAGUACUACACCCAGACACUCAACCUGUCAGAAUCGGCAGCAUCAUGGAUUGGGAGCGUACAGGUCUUUCUUCUUUUUUUCAUCGGUGUUUUCGCGGGGCGUCUUACUGAUGGCGGAUACUUCCGAGUCAUAUUUGCCUCCGGUGUUUUGCUUCAAGUGUUGGGGAUUUUUAUGACAUCGUUGACGACAAAAUACUGGCAAAUCUUCCUCGCGCAAGCUAUUUGUCUCGGAAUUGGCAACGGGAUGGCAUUUUGCCCGGCGUUGGCAGUUCUCUCCCAGUACUUCAAAAAGAAGCGAGCCUUCAGCGUUGGACUAGCGGCUGCCGGUGGUGCGGUUGGCGGACUUGUCUAUCCGGUCUUGAUCAACUGGCUGAUCUUCAAGGAUGGCGUUGGAUUUCCAUGGGCUUUGAGAGCUAUGGGAUUCAUUAUGCUCGGAACAUACAUCCCGUGCUUGAUAUGGUUCAAGCCACGCAUACCACCCCGGAAAAGCGGCGCCUGGAUAGAUACAUCUGCAUUUGCUGAGAUGCCAUUUAUUUUCUUUUCUUUGAGCAUGUUUUUCAAUUUCUGGGGACUUUAUUUUGCAUUUUUCUACAUGGGUACCUUUGCCCGGGAUCAGCUUCAAUAUGCGGAACCAAUUUAUCUGUUGAUGGUUCUCAACGGCGUCGGCGUGGUCGGACGAAUCGCGCCAUCGAUCAUCGCAGAUAAGUGGACGGGUCCUCUAAACGCUCUAAUACUGUCGAGUUUUGCAUCAAGCUUGCUUGUAUAUUGCUGGGCAGGUAUACACUUUAUCGGCGGGUUGUUUGCCUUUACCGUUGUGUAUGGAUUCCUUGCAGCUUCGCUCCAAGCUCUUCUCCCAGCAGUCGCGACUACUAUGACACCUCACCCAAGCAGGACGGGAACUCGGGUGGGAAUGAUACUCGGUUUUGUUAGCUUUGCAAAUCUUACCGGUCCGGCAAUUUGCGGUGCCCUGAUCAGAAGACAGGAUGGAAGCUAUCUGGGUGCUCAAAUGUUUGCAGGAUCAUCGAUUCUUCUCGGCGCCGUAAUGGCCUUGGCGGCAAGGAUCGCAAAGACAGGAAUAAUCCUAGGCGCGAAGGUGUAG